AUGCGUCGCUCAAGUCUGUGGUCUGUCCAGGAUGAUCAACUGCUACUUUUUCUUAAAGACAACAGGAAUUACGGGUGGAAACGAAUCUCUACGUACUUCAGAGGCCGCACCUCCAACGCGUGCCAGUUUAGAUGGCGACGUCUGAAAGGCACUCGCUUUAAGACGUUGGAGUGUCACGAAACGAGCUUGGUUGCCAAACCGUUGAGCCGGAUACGGCGUUUGGACACCCAUGAGCCGGAUGUCUUGCAAGCCCAAGUCAACGUCAGCAUAGGAAGGUACAGGGACAGCGAGCAUCACGUUUCGGACUCUGACUCUGUUCUUAGAAGAGCACGGCUGUUGAACGUCGACCGUAUUCUUCUCACUGGCUCGUCAUACCAGGAAUCGCGCUGGUCGAUCGACGAGGCUCGUCGUAUCAACGCGAUCGGCGACCUCACGCAGUAUCCUCAGCUUUACACCACCGUGGGCGUGCAUCCUUGCACUGUUCUUGAGUUUGAACCAGACCCGGAUAAUCAUCUCGACAAAAUUCGACGCCUGAUCAAAGAAAAUCUGCACGACGGGACCAUCCGGGCGUUCGGGGAGAUUGGUCUUGAUUACGAUAGACUGCACCACACGCCCAUGGACAAACAGAAGCAGUACUUCGAGAUGCAACUGAAGCUGGCCACCGAAUUCAACCUGCCUCUUUUUCUACAUAUGAGGAAUGCGCUCGACGACUUUCUGAGCAUUCUUCUUCCCUUUAUAGACGGAACCAGAGAGGACGGGUUGGCGUUGAAAAAUAAAAAUGUGCUUGUUCACUCGUUCACCGGAACGGAACAAGACUUGGAGAGGAUCUUGCAACACCCGUCUUUUUUUAUCAGUGUCAACGGCUGCUCCCUGAAGACACCGGACAACUGUGCGGUGGCGGCCAAAAUUCCUUUAGACAGACUGCUGAUUGAGACGGACGCUCCGUGGUGCGAGGUUCGCCGCACGCAUUCUUCCUACGGCAAUAUCACAAAGUGUCCGAACGAGUUCUAUCCGUUCGAGUAUGAUAUUCCUCAGGAACUCUUGCCGAAGACGAUUGCGAAAAAGGGCCCCAAAUUGGCUCUCAACGAGUUUCUGCCGAUUCCGCUCGUCAAGUCCGACAAGCUGGCGUCUUUUCUCCAAUCGGAAGAUAGCAAGAAACUGGUAGAGCCAAUGGUUAAAUCCAGAAACGAGCCGUGUCUCGUGGGCCAGAUCGCCGAGAUCAUGGCUAAACUGAGAGAAACAGAGCCACAAAUACUUAUAGACUCUUGCUACCGAAACUCGCUCCGGUGGCUGGACUUAUCAUAG